AGUUAACAGCGAAUGAUACUUUGCUGAACCUUGAAGUAGCAAGGCGAAGAUCUAGAACUUCAAUGUUGCCUACACACUAAUUGUUUACUUACUCACAUACUAAGGUACCUACUAGGUAGUAGUACCUUCCCACAGUAGUACUACAAGCAUAUCCAUCACUGAAACAUCAAACUCAGUGCUGGGUAACACAACUCAAGUUACAACACUGAACACUGAACUCUACUAGGUUAGGUACUGGGUAUCCAUCACUGCAUCGGCAUUUACUACAUAGGUACAUCCAAUACAUACCUUCAGGAACCCGGAACUUACAACUUACAACUUACAACUUACAUAUGUACCUACAUACAACUUACAAGCACACGUACACGUAUACACGCAUACACGCAUACAGUAUUCUCACACACGACCAUCAUUUUCUCAAUUCCCCGGUCCAUCACGCUCGUUCAAUGUAGAUAUGUUAUGACUUCAUCGUCAUGGGUGCCAGCGACUCCAAGCUAGUCUUCAAGAAGGGCAUCUUUAGGUUGUCAGAGGAGCGACACAUACCUGCCGAUGACCCCUAUUGGACAUCUUUUUGGGAACUACCCGAGUCCACAGAAGACAUAUUCAGCCUCUUUGCGCCUGCCGAUAUCCGUCGAACACGCGACAGAGCCAUUGAGAACCUAGAAACCCUCGUCCUCGCCGUAACUUCUCGCUUAUUUAUAUUGCGACAUCAUCCCUCAUUCCCCGAUCCCGAGUUCGCACCAGAGCGCGAUGCCCUGAACUGCAUUCGCAUCCUCACCCGCGUCCUCCCCUACCUAUAUGAAGUAGAUCACUUGCAGGGAUGGGAGAGCAAGUUCUUUUGGGGCACCAGGAGAAAGCGCACGAGGCGCUCUACCAUCGCAAAUGAAAUACUUUUCGAUGAAGGUCAAGAGGAUGUAAAACCACCCACCGACGAAUUUGAAGAUGCAAAGCCCUUGGCCGAGGAGCUCAUCGACACUCUCGUUGACUUAUUAUUCUUCUCCGACUUGACCGUCCCGAAGCAGCCUCAUGGGAAACCCAAGGUUACUUAUGCCAUCUGGCAGAGCGGCGUGGGCUGUAAUACUGCCGUGCCUACGACGAAGGAGUAUGAAAACAACCGCUGCGAGAUACUGCGCCUACUCCUGACUCUGGCCAGUCAGAGCAUGUACACGUCCCCCAACAUACUACCGACGAAAGGCACCCGGGCUUUAACAUAUCUAUGCACUUGCCCGGAUAAACAGGUGGUUUUAUCGGUGCUGUGCUCUUUGCUGAACACCACCCUCAAAUACAACCCGGCCAGCUGGCGUGUCCCCUACAAUACAUUAAUGUUUAAGGAUCCCAAGGAGAUUCUCAUUACCUAUACGCUACAGUUUUUACUCAUAGUCCUCCUUUACCCUAUACCCGAGCCUGCUACGGGCUCUGCCCCGAAGAACUUCUACCGCCAUUUCCUGGGAAGGUUACAUCGUCCCCAAGAUUUCCAAUUCAUUGUCGAUGGUAUGACACGAAUACUCUACCAGCCUAUUCAAGCCAAUAUCUCGUAUAUCCCUGGAACCCAAGCUACGGCUAGAUUCUCCCCCGAGAUCAUCAUGCUGUUCUGGGAGGUCACUCAGUGCAACAAACGGUUUAGAUCUUUCAUGAUUGACACGCAACGAGCGCACGAUUUUCUCAUUCUCGUCCUUUUCUAUGCUACCGAAUACAAAGCAGAUGCCUCGAAGCAAGGCGUGGUGCGGAUGUGUGCCUUCUUGCUACAGACGUUGAGCGUGGAGAAGAACUUUGGCAUCAAUCUUAAUAAACACUUUGAAGGACAGGAUACCUUACCACCCGUGAUUCGGAUACCAGGAUUCAAAGGCACCUACGCUGAUUUCUUGGUCCAGUCUAUUUACAACCUCAUCACCAGAAGCCAGGGGAAGCUUUCUGCCAUCUAUCCGGCCUUACUGGCUGUGAUCAACAAUAUAUCUGCCUACUUGGAGGGCAUUAACGGCACUACAGGUUCAAAGCUACUACAGCUGUAUAAUUCCAUGUCGUCUCCUUCCUUCCUUCUCGCCAAUGACACCAACCACGAUCUUCUAAGUUCCCUCUUAGAAUCCAUAAACGCCAUCAUUGAACAUCAAUACAAGAAAAAUGCUCACUUUAUCUACUUGAUAUUGAAGAACAGAAAAAAGUUUGAAGCUCUACGCACUUUUACGCUGGAAAGUGGCCAGGAGGAAAUUGAACGACGGAAUCGUCGGAGAAAGGAAUCGGGACAACCCAUAGACCCGUUCGACAUAGGAUCCAGGCGAAGUUCUGUGGAAAGUUUACGUAGCCCUACUACGACGCAACCCAGGACACCCACCCUGAGCAACGUACCAGAGGAGGACACUACAUUCGCGAUUGGCGAUGCUGAGGAUGAGAGUGACGAGGAUGAGGAUGACCGGCCCACACCUGCGCAGUCGACACCCAGCGAGAACCCUUCUCAGGCAUCUUCGGUCGCUGACGUAGAAGAUGCGGUGCCGACGCAACUGAGAGGCAUGUCUGAGAAAGCUAGAGGCAAAAUGCCUGCUGGGGUUCCUACCUUUUCUAGGCAAAAUAGUACUACGAGCCUGGGUAGUUAUUCGGCAGGUGGACAGUCAGUCCCCGGUGCAUUCGAGCCCUCGGCGCAUUGGAUCGAGAGCUGGCUUCCGGAACUUCCCCUCCACACGAUUCUGACAGUUAUACAGCAACUGACAGCUUUGAUCACUCGCCAGGGGCUGACCGCUGAUGUGCCAUCAUCAGCGACACUGCAGGCCAUCCAAGAGGCGGACUUGGUAGGUGUAGAGCCAUCUCCCGUCAGAGUCCAUUCCUUCGAAUGGUCGCCCCUCGCGCUAGGGUGGUACGAGUCGUUGGUCUGGAGCUUUGUGUUCACGGGCGAAAUGCAAGUCGCCAAGGGCACCGUCGGGGUAUGGAACGGGACGGCGAUCAAGUUAUUCAAAGUUCAAGAAACGGCGGCUCAAGGCCCCACACUUACGUCUCCCCGAGGCGCGGUGGACGCCGUCGGUAGCAAUAUCGUAUCGAGAAUCGGAUCCAUCAACCUACGAGGAAAUGCGCCUCCAUCACCGGCCUCGCCUGGACUGCCGCCGCAGCGUAAUACUUAGUAGCAAUGCGGGGUUUGAUCGAUCGGGACGAUUAGGAACCUUAGGCUAGGUAGUCAGAUAAAUCAAUGUAAUGUGCGAACGUGCGUCCUACAGAGAAGUAAAGGCUUCAUCGUGUUUCCUAGGCAAUGUUGGGGGUGUAGGUAACUCGUCUGGCAAGGGGUGGGAAGGCAUGGGAAGGCAAAGGAAAUUCGAUGCAUAGUUAGCCUGUCUAGUACGUAUAUAGUACUAAGCGAUUUUAUUGAACAUCAUGAAGCUACAUAUAUAUGGCGGGAUUACCUUUUAAUGAAGGGGAACGAUGUUUGGUACGGGAUUGGCAUUCUUCAUAGAAGUUGAUAGAACAACUGCCAGCAGCUGCGCGGAUAGA